UCAUCGCUGUUACAACUUACAACGAAGUCGCUGUGGCGUUGGCACGUACGGUGCUACACGUUUAGCUGAAAACCAGUAAUCGCGCGCUACUUGUUCGACAUAUUGCCUCACUGAGUCCAAAACUAAAAACCGAAGUAAAAACAAACACAAAAAUCCAGCAAAAGCAAAAACAAAAAACCCAGAUCAAAACCAACUGAGAGAGAGAGAUGUGGAGGCGCGUGAGUUCACUUACCCAAUUCGUUUCUCCCACAAAAUCAUCAUCCAUUCUCAACCAGCCAGCAUAUACAUUGAAGCUUUGGGAAUCAUUCACCACACAGAUACCCAACUUGGAAAAAGGUGGAACAUCCUUCAAAGAUAGAAUCCCUUUCAUAACUUUUGUCUUAGGUGGCCCUGGAAGUGGAAAAGGUACACAAUGUGAAAAAAUUGUUGAAACUUUUGGAUUUAAGCAUCUUAGUGCAGGAGAUCUGUUAAGGCAGGAAAUAGCUUCUAAGAGUGAAUAUGGGUCCAUGAUUCUUGAUACAAUUAAGGAUGGAAGAAUUGUUCCUUCAGAAGUGACGAUCAAACUGAUACAAAAGGAGAUGGAGUCAAGUGACAAUAAAAAAUUUCUUAUUGAUGGUUUCCCACGAUGUGAGGAAAACCGCGUAGCAUUUGAACAAAUCAUUGGUGCAGAACCAAAUAUCGUACUUUUCUUUGACUGCCCUGUAGAAGAGAUGGUGAAAAGAGUGCUAAGCCGUAAUCAGGGCCGAGUUGAUGAUAAUAUGGAUACAAUCAAGAAACGUCUUAAAGUGUUUGAAUCAUUAAAUCUUCCUGUUGUCAAUUACUAUGCGGAGAAAGGAAAACUUCAUAAGAGAAGCAAAUGUGUGCAGAUCUGUGCAUUAGGAACAGAAGAUGAAAUAUUUGAACAAGUUUGGCCAGUUUUUGCUGCAUGCAAGCAGGUGAUUCAGUGAAAGUUAAUUUAUGCGACAAGAAAAGUAGUAGAAGUGGGGCAGAUCCUGGUUUUAGUUGGGAGUUACUCUGCCUAUCUUGGCUGAUAUUACCAGAGGUUAAUGGCUGAUUAUAAGCUUUCUAAGGAGGUGGAGAUCAGUUGAGGCAAAUAUUGGUGUUGCAGCUUUAACUCCUCUAUUCUUAACAACAAUCACCCACCACCCAACACCAACCACCCCC